ACGACCUCUGUGUGACAAGCCGUUUUACCUCCGCGCCCCUAGAGGGCGACAACGCGACUCGACAAGCGGCGGAUCCAGGAUGUUUUGACCGUGCAGCUCGAGACGUCCAGACUGGAGCGUCAGGAGGUGGGCGUAGAGGAGGUUGACCUCUACAUGUCCAGCAGAGAUGAAGAGGACCAGACCGGACGGUUCGGUCUGUGACCUAUUGGCCGAGGCUGCAGCGUCAUGUGACCACCCAGCCAGCGGGGGCAGCUCUUCAGGAGACCAACCGCUGUCUCCGGAGCGCAGCGAGGACAACAGAGCUGCUGAGAUGCAGCGGGUUGGGUCGCUAAAGGUCACCAUCCAGCGGAGCAGCGAGAGCCGCGAGUUUGGACAGACGGACAGGACGGCGGAGGGGCAGACGGGUGGACUCCACUGUCACGUCUGCGAUCACGCCUGUCGCUCCGUGCAGGCGUUUCAUGAACACAUAUCAGGAGCGGAACACGCGAAGAAACUGCGGGCGAUGACAAACUCCAUCUGCCUCCGAACACACACACUGCCUGAAAGGAAGCUUCAGCCUCGCACGAAACGCUGGUGUGAAACCUGUCAGUCCCACUUCACUGGUGACGUCAUCGCCCACCGACGGACCAAUCAACACAAGAUGUGUAAGCAGCUGUGUCGUCCCUUCUGUCCCGUCUGCAAGCUUCACUUCAGAACUCCCCGGAAGUUCGUGGAGCACAUGAAGUCUUCCGACCAUAAGCAGAAGGUGCAGGAGAACCAGGAGGAGGAGCUCAUCACUGUGGACGCGGUUGGCUGCUUCAAGGACGAGGAGGACAAGGAGGAAGAAGAAGAAGAGGAGGAGGAGGAGGCGGCUGAAGUGGUCGGCGAUGAUGAUGAUGGGAAAGUGUCAGAAACGCAGAACAAAGUGUUGCAGAGAGAUGAUGCAGAAGACUAUGACCAGAAUACUACAUAUGGCAGCAGUUUCGUGGUCCCCGUCUCUGGUUUCCAGUGUCGUCUCUGUAACAAGUUUUUCCACAAGGAGGCGACGGCGAGACACACACACUGUAGGACAAGAACACACUACCUCAACCUACAGAGGCACAAAGCUCAGAGAGCCCAGGAGGAACGGGGGGACAACAGCCCACCUGCCCCAACGUGACGGGGGGUGAAAUAAUGGACUGUCACGCCAGUAUUAAAUGUAUUGUUCAAAAUUGUUUUUUACCCAGAAUGCCCUACCUGAUGCCCCACUUCUGGGGUUGAAAUCAAACUCACAGCUAUGAUGAAUUAAUGUUUCGUUUCUGUACAGACUGAUUUUUAAAAAAAAUUGUUUUAAUAAAAGAGUGACAAAAAUCUGUCCACU